CACUCCUCCAACCUCGACCCAUAUUCUCUGUUGAUUUCCAUCCAACUACCAUUCAUAACAUCCGUCAAAAUGGCCCCCAAGCGUGUCACCGUUGCCAACUCCUCCCGUCCUCAGAAGAGCUUCCUGAGCACCGUCUACGACGAGGCCACCAACCCGGAGAACGCCACCAUUGUCCGCAGCCUCCUGGUCUUCGGUGCCGGUGUCGCUUUCCUCCACAGCAGCCUCGGCGAGCUCCUCCUCCCUCCCAUGUAAAUUCAUUUUACACCCUGAAUCAUCGUUCGUUCGACUCGACCUAUCUCUCCGAAAAUCGCAUAGGCGAAGCGUCGACGAUGGGACAAGCAACAUGGACAUUUGACGAUCCAUGUUGCAAAUUUCUGUAUAAUAGUUCAUUGGAAAGGGCGCAUGACAGGAUAGGCAUGUUUGGCCUAGAUGAUUUGUUUUGAAUACCAAUUUUUACCCUUUUUCGAAUCUGAUGGGAGGUAUCCUCCGAACUGGUCGUAUAAUACCCUUAUGCCCUUGUUGCAGUAACUAUGGAUUGAAUCGGGAAAGACUCGGUACAGAGAAAAUGCACAUUUCAAUUAUCAUCCAG